AUGAAUAGCGAUUCUGCAAGUGGGCAGUAUGUGGAAAACAGUCAAUCUUGGGAAAAUCUCUACCCUGGAUGGAGAUUGGAUGCAAAUACUGGCCAUUGGUAUCAAGUUGAUGCAAACAUUAUUCCACAGGAGAGUUAUGACAACCCAACGAGUAACUGGGAAAGCGUUGCUUCUACUGAGACCUCGGAUGCUGCUUAUCUGAGUCAGAGUACAACAUCCGCAGUGGCUGGCACAGCUGAGAGUGUGUCCACCUGGAACCAGGUUUCACAGGUGAGCAAUGGAUAUCCACAACACAUGCUCUUUGACCCCCAGUAUCCAGGGUGGUACUAUGACACUACUGUUAGAGAAUGGCGCUCCCUGGACAGCUACAACCACAACCAGGCUUCUCAAACAACUGCAUCUGGUCAAGCUCAUGGUCAGCAAGUUCAGAAUGGUCAUGCUAGCAUGUAUGAUGCUAACGACAAAAGACAGACAUUCAAAGUUCAAGAGUUUGGUAUGCAGAGCGAACAAGGAAGCUGGGACCAUUCUUACUAUGCCAACAAUCAGCAGGCUACAAACACAUGGCAACCAGAAAAUGGAGGUGGGGCUGAGGUGGCUGUAACUUCUGCCUCAUUAUCAAACUUCGGAGGAAACCGGCAAGUAAAUAGUUUGUACAGUACAGAAUCUGUGGCUGAACAGUUUAAACAAAAUGAGGUUGGAGUUCAAGACUUCAUUCCUCACCAUAUGAAUGUGGCUAGUGUCACGCAGAAUGGUCAACCGAGUUUCUCAAACGAUUUCUAUAAUAGACAGAAAUCUGUAGAUGAUGCUCAACAGUCAUUUCAGAGCAAUCAGCUUUUCUCCCCAAGUACAGGGAGAUCACCUGAUCGGCGUCCACCACAUGCACUUGUCAGUUUCGGGUUUGGUGGGAAGCUCAUUGUUAUGAAGGAUAGUGAUGGCUCUGUGCAGAAUUUGUCAUUUGGUAGUCAGGGAACAAGGGGAAGCUCUAUCUUUGUCUUAAACUUGGCAGAAGUUAUUUCUGGGAAUUCCUCUUAUUCAAGUCUCGGAGAAGACUCUUCGGGUUACUUUCGUUGUCUGGAUCAACACCCUCUUCCAGGUCCCUUGGUUGGAGGAAAUGUUGGAAGCAAAGACUUACAUAAGUGGCUUGAUGAGAGAAUUUUGAAUUGCGAAUCUUCCCAUAUGGACUUCGCAAGAGGGAAACUUCUAAAGAUGCUUCUUUCUUUGCUCAAAUUAUCCUGUCAGUAUUAUGGGAAACUCCGGUCUCCUUUUGGAACUGAUGCAGCGCAGAAGGAAACGGAUUCUGCUGAAGCAGCUGUUGCUAAACUUUUUGCAUUUGCCAAGAAAGAUGGUUUCCAAAAUGGUGGUUAUGCUCCUUUUAGCCAAUGCUUGCAGCAGUUACCACCUGAAUCACAAAUGCAAGUAACUGCUUCAGAGGUGCAGAAUCUUCUUGCUUCGGGUAGGAAAAUGGAGGCUCUGCAGUGUGCUCAAGAAGGCCAUUUAUGGGGACCAGCGCUUAUUAUUGCGGCACAGCUUGGGGAUCAGUUCUAUGCGGACACUGUGAAACAAAUGGCCCUUCGCCAGCUGGUACCUGGGUCACCUCUGCGGACAUUGUGCUUGCUAGUUGCAGGGCAACCAGCUGAAGUGUUCUCCAAUGGCAGUACAAGCGAAAUCAGUUUUCCUGGUUCCGGAAGGGUGCCUCAACACCAGCCCGAGUUUGGAAGUAGUAGCAUGCUUGACAAUUGGGAAGAGAAUUUGGGUAUAAUAACUGCUAAUAGAACCGCAGAUGAUGAGCUUGUGAUUACUCAUCUUGGAGAUUGCAUGUGGAAAGAAAGGGGCGAGAUAAUUGCGGCGCAUAUUUGCUAUUUAAUCGCGGAUAAGAACUUUGAUCCAUACUCAGAUAGUGCCAGGCUCUGCCUUGUUGGAGCCGAUCACUGGAAAUAUCCUAGAACUUAUGCAAGUCCAGAGGCUAUACAGAGAACAGAGUUAUAUGAAUACUCUAAGACGCUGGGAAACUCUCAGUAUAUCCUCCUACCGUUUCAGCCGUAUAAAGUCAUAUAUGCCCAUUUGCUGGCUGAAGUUGGUAAACUUUCGGCUGCACAGAAGUACUGUCAAGCAGUAUUAAAAUGCCUCAAGACUGGCCGAUCACCUGAAGUGGAAACGUGGAAACAGUUUGCUUUAUCACUUGAGGAGAGAAUCCGUUUCCACCAACAGGGUGGGUAUACUGUAAAUUUGGCCCCAACAAAACUAGUUGGAAUGUUGAAGAACUUUAUUGAUAGUACGGCAAAUCGUGUUGUUGGGACCAUGCCGCCACCUGCACCACAUUCAACAACAGGAAGCCUACAGCAGGUAAAUGAGUAUCAUAAUCAACAGCAGGGGGCCAGUAAGUUACCAUAUAGUCAAUCGGCUAGUACAAUGCAAUCGUUGAUGCCACCUGCUUCAAGGGAACCCACACAUGACUGGAGUGGGAACGGGAGGUCGAUGGCAGUGCAUUCUAGAAGUGUCUCAGAACCAGAUUUGGGUAGGACGCCGAUACAGGAUCAGCCUGACUCCUCAAAAGACAAAGCGACUGAUGGAGUGACACAGGUGAAACCAACUGGGAAUGUGACAAGUUCGCGGUUUAGCCGCUUUGGUAUUGGCAUACUGAAGAACACCGUAGGGAGGGUCUUACAAUCUCGGUCAUCUAAAGAGGCCAAACUGGGUGAGGAGAAUCAAUUCUACUAUGACGAUAAAUUAAAGAGAUGGGUGGAGAAAGGUGUAGAACCCCCUGCUGAGGAAGCUGCACUGGCUCCUCCUCCAACACUGGGCACGUUCCAAAACAAGUCAUCGGGUUAUGAAAACAAAUCUGACAUGAAGAACGAGAUGUCUCCGUCUGGUAGGAGCUGGAGCACUGGCAGCCCAACUCCGUCGGAGAAUUCUUCAGGAAUGCCACCAAUCUCACAGGGCUCAAAUCAAUUCUCAGCUCGUGGACGUAUGGGUGUUCGUUCAAGAUACGUUGACACCUUUAAUCAAGGCCGUGGAAACUCUCAGGCCAUGUUUCAGUCACCUCAGGCACAAUCUGCUAAACCACCAAUCCCAACAAAAGCAAAAUUCUUCAUCCCAGCAGCACCUGCAUCGUCUUUAAACGACCAGGUAACGGAAUCGGCUGCUGCUGAAACCAGACAGGAGGAGUACUCGGGAGAAGAAGCUUCUGCAGGGGCUCCACCACCACCAAGCCAGUCUUCGUUCCAGUCCCCGACACCAUCUCCGAUGACAAUGCAGAGAUUUCCAAGUCUAGACAACAUCAAAAGAAGUGGAUCAGGAAUAAGCCUCAACCUCAAUGGUGAUCUUCCUCCUUCAGGAUCAAGAAGGACAGCUUCAUGGAGUGGAAGCUUCAACAGCUCGUUUGCAUCUCCAACGGGACCAUCACCAUUCAAACCAAGCCCACUUAACAGUAGUAGCAGCAGCUUAGGAGAGGAGCUACAAGAAGUGGAACUGUAA